UCUCUCCUCUUCACCGUGAUACCGUUAGAACGCUCCGUUAGCUGGAGCAGAUCAUAUGCAAUCACCCCACCGAGGCUCCGACCACCCCUUGCACCUUAAUCGGUGCUUGCAGGGGUCCAGUUUCCUUCCCCGUUCGCGAGUGAGCUGGGUCGGCGCUUUGAGCGAACUCUCCCUUCCACCCUCCCAUCCCCCUGCGCAACCUCCGCAAUCACAACGAACCCGUCCAUUCGAUUCGUAUAUAUCCCCCGACGGACCGUCCAUACGCCCUCUGCACAUGCCAUUGCGUUCCUACUGAGUCUGUCGAAUUGUUAUUCGAUCGCAAUUCGCCCAUUGUUCCGUCCACGAUUCUCACGACGCAGCGGCCAAACCCAACGACUAAGAGCGACAGAUGGCCGUGCUGCUUGCAGUUGCCUCGCCGAUACUUGCCAGGUCGCUAGAUGGAGCCAGUCGUGUUUGACCAGUCGCCGCUCGCCGAGUACCUUCGUGACGAAGGCGAAGCCGAGCAGGCGGGAUGGGCGCACGACGAUCCAACCUAUGAUGUGUCGCCUCCCUCGAGCCCCGAAUUCGCGCCGACAGGUCGGCCGAUGGUCAGGUCGAGAUUCCGUAACAACCCCCUCCGAGUCGACAUACCCACGAAGGCGGCCUCCGACAAGUCGUACCGGCGAAGCUAUUCUACCGCGGUAGCGUCCAGGAUUGACCGAGCCGACAACUCCAAGUUCCUCGAGCAAUUUCGCUAUACUAUUAUCGCAUCCCAGCUGUUGAGUGGGCACUCCAUAUUAUCCCAGCACCAUGCUUCAUCCCGACCCGCCCAAGCUACCGUUGACGGCAAUCCGGCCGACAAGCUGCUCGACUCGACCGGCGCCGCUGUCGUCGUCUUAGGGGCACUGGCUCUGGCCGUCUCGAUCAACUGGCUUGCGGGAACUGGUCCAUUGAACAAGAGACGCGCUGUUGUUAUUCUGCUAGCCGUCGUGGUCGCUGCAGGGAUUGCCCAUGUGUUCAUGCGAAGGCAAUGGCUAAGGUACAGACGGCUGCAGGCCCUCUCAGAGGUCACUGCGUUUGUUUCAAACUCUCAGGAAUUCGACAGCGCGACUGGCGCAGCAAUUGCUCUGGUGCAGGAGGUGGAACUUGUUUCAAGAGGCUACCGUCUGAGUGCGCCUCUUCCGCCCAUCAGCCGUAUCGAGGAUCGCUCACAGACACGCAAGUGCGUGCGUCUACGCAAGGCUCUCAGGGCCUGCUUUGCAGAUGUCAUUCCCGCAUACGAUCAAACCGUCUCGAUAGUGAAGGCAUUCUCGGAACAACUUGACCUAGAGAAAUACUACGAUAUCUACGACAUCAGCGACUUCGACAUGUCUGAUGCCAAGCAGGGCUUCCAGGAGAAUGAGUUCGAGGACAACGAAUCGUUGCGAACGCUCAAGAUACUUGCCGCACGGUUCCACACCAUUCGCAAGAUGUUUUUAUGUGCGCUGCUAGCCUUGGAUGCAAGUGGUGACAGCAGCGACCUUUUGAAAUGGACAACAACGGUAGAGGCGGUUCGCACUUUAAACACGGCCACUCAAAAAGCGUCUGAGAGGUUGAAGAAACUCUUAAGCGACGAGGAGUCUUUCCCGCCGCCACCAACUCCGAAGAUGCCCCUGACGCCUGGUAGAGAGAGAUGGAGAUCGCAAUUACGGAAACUCAACUCCUUAUCCAGCGGUAUCCGCGGCUUGCAAGCCAAGUUGACGUUGCUGAGAGAAGAGUCUGACCGAAGCCUUAACGAGUCCGACGACAUAUCCGAACUUGGCUCGAGCCUGAUGUUGCAAUACGAAUCUAUCGGAGCAGACCUGAAAAUUCUGAUGCAAGCUUGGGAAGAAGGUAAAGCAGCGCUCGCUUUGGGUAUCGACCGGAACGAGAAAAGGCUGUCUUCCAUGAGCACACUGCUUUCCCCAACUAGUUCACUCAGCGGUCUCACUACAGUCGACGAGGGGGGGGCUGCCGAAGCGCUCAAGGCACUGAACGGAGAGUCCCCCUCCAGCUUCGAUUUCAGUAGCACAGGAGAACCCGACACAGAAGAGAUAUUCGAGGCUGUCGCUCAACCUAGGCCUCGCAGCCUAUUGACGAGAGACGAGCGCAUAAUCAAGAUGAGAGAAGAGCGGGAAAAGCGAGAAAUCGCCAAAGAAAAGGCCGACGCCAACAGAGGCAUGAUGAAGGAGCUUGAGAUGGUCAUCAACCUCCGACCCCGCCCACGGACUGGGACGAAUCCGUCACGCAUCGUUUCGAUGUGACGAGGACAUGAUAUUUUUGAUGAUGGACACGGCGUUUGAGAACAGAAGACUCUAACUGACUACAGUCAUUCGAACAUUUGAUUUGUUAUAUUUUGCCUUGGUUUCUGAUACAUAAUCUCUUUCAACAUAGUCAACUUCUACUGAUUGCAUAUAGAAAGGGACUCAAGGACACGUGGACGGGGGGAUUUAUUUGUUUAGUUGCCCAUGUGUACUUUAUGAUGACACUGAUGCGCGCCCACGGGCACCCAGCGCAGGUUCCAAUCUGAGACAGAAUAAGCUGUACAGACUAGUGCUAUUGUUCUAGUAGAGCAGUAAGACAGGGGAAAAGCACUUCGAUUUGUUUAUUUGCCUUUGUGUAUAUUUAAUAUCAGCGUCUGUGUAAUUAAUG